GAGGGCAAGCUUAAUCUCCGGCGCCCCCCGUCUGAGACAAAGUGAAACAAAUAAUAAUAUUUAUUAAUGUAGUAGUAGUAGUAGUAGCAGUACUUGUUGUUGUCGUCAUCAUCACGGCGACACAACCCUAAAAAUAAGGCACCGUGCACGGCUGCCAAGUUGCGCACACUCGUUCGAUUUUGAAACCGGAAGUCAACGUACACUUGUGCGCUGUUAUGAGUAAAAUACCUUUUACGACUUGUUAUGACGUUCCUCCUAUGCAAAUGUGGUAAAACCGUGGGCUUUUUGAGCAGCAUACUGGUUCUGAUAGCAGUCGUUUUGCACUAUUUGGCGUAUCCAGAGACUGUAGCGUGUCCAAGAAUGGCGAGUAAUAUGAGGACGUUGGAGGAGGCUUUCCGGGAGAAGAAUAAAACCUGUUUCGUCUUGGGCGCCUCCGGGGAAACGGGCAAGCAGCUGCUGAAAGAGCUUGUGGAUCGAAAGAUCUUUUCCAAGAUUACCCUGAUAGGGAGACGACAGCUGACCUUUGAGGACAAAGCUCAUGAAAGCGUGAUCCAGGAAGUUGUAGAUUUUGAGAACCUAGAUAAUUUUGCUUCAGCGUUUCAGGGUCACGAUGUAGGAUUCUGCUGCCUGGGAACCACUAAAGCCAAGUCAGGGGCUGAUGGUUUUGUUCGAGUCGACCACGACUACGUGUUAAAAUCAGCACAGCUGGCCAAGGCUGGUGGCUGUUCCCAUUUCAUCCUGGAGUCUUCCGCACGAGCUGACAAAACGAGUGCCUUCCUUUACACGAGAGUCAAGGGUGAAGUGGAAGCAGAUAUUGAGGAAUUGAAAUUUGAAAGGUACUCCAUCUUCAGACCUGCAGUGCUUUUGGUUGAUCGCCAGGAGUCCCGACCAGCAGAGUGGCUUGCCAGAAAGUUCUUUGGCGGAUUCUCCUACGUUUCCCCCGGUUUUAUGUCCAUACCCAUUAAGUAUGUGGCCAAAGCUAUGGUGGCCAACACACUCAGUGAGGAAGGAAAAAGCGUGGAGAUUCUUGAGAACAAGGAUAUCUACAAGCUAGGAAAAUGUGCAGAAUAAUGAAAUGAUUGCAUUCAGUACAAGUAAAACUUUUGGUGAUUUUUCUGUAAAUGUAAUUGCAUGGAAAAGGUAAUAUAAAAGAGUGGACAACAAAUGGAAUCAACACUAAAAACGUUUCUUGAUCUUUUAAAAUGAAUUACUCAAAUUAUGAGUAAUUGGAAGUUAUGUAAAAAGAACCAGGUUCCUGCACAUUUGCUUGAUCAACUUGAAAAACCUUUAUUGUAUAUAAGGCAUAUUAUUAUUGUUAUCGUGACUUUGUUGUUAUAAUAAUUUUAUAUAAUAACUUUGUUGUUAUAAUAAUUUUUCUGUUUCCCUGUACCCACCAACCCACCUUCUGUGGAUGCCCGCUACAUAGCUUUUACACAUUAUAAUGGCCAUGGUUGCAUAGUUAUAAGGUGCAAAUAUAGGUAGUAGCCAGUCAGGUUCCUCCAGCUGGGGCAUCCAACCUCACAUGGGAUCAGGUGGGAGUGGUUCACAUGAUGAAUGUAUUUCAUUGUGUGGAUUGAGACAUAUCUGUAACAGAUAUUUUAUAUUGUGACAUUUUUAACAUAAGGGAAAUUAAGGGAAAUUAAAGUCUAAAUGAACUUUUUUGGCAUAUUACUGAUAUAAUUGUUCAUUUAAUAUACUUUUUGUUUGUACCAUUUAAAGUACAUUUAAUAAUUGCAGCCUAGUACAUAAUAAGCUGCACCUGUUUUCAAGCCCAUAAACCAAAGAUAAUUAACUGUCAUUUGUAAUAUGCUUUUGUCAAUGUACCAGGACUUUGAAUACAAAAUGAAGCUCA